CGAUAGAUGACGGCGGAAGCGAGGCGGUGGAGGAGGAGGACUAGAGCGCCCCCUUCCCUGGCGCGGAAUAACCAGAGUCCUGCAAGUCGGCUACCCAAGGCCCUCCCGUGGGUCCACUCCCUCCCCCGCUACCUGUAUACCUCCGUCCUCACGACGUCCUCCAGCAUUAUUACUACUGGUGCUGCCGAGACGAAGGCAUCUGCUACCGCUCCUGCUGCUGAUGCUCCCGAUGGCACUGCUGUUUCCUCCGAGUCCUUUUCCUCGUUUGGUCUUCCUGAGUUUUCCACCGUCUCCAUGACCCCGUACUGGCCCUCCAAAUACCCCUUGUGCCCCUUCCGGCCGCCUACACUCACCGACGACCUUGACCCACUUAUCCAUCCCUCCAGCCUCCUCCAGACACCCCCAUCCAGCCUCGCUCUGUCCUCCCCCUCCCUGCAUGGCUCGGUACACACGUUGCCUGCCGGGGUCGCUGCAGGGCCGUCUACCAUGACCCGUAGCUCUUCCAUGACCUCGGUGAAGUCCUUCAGAUCGCUUCUUGGACCAGGUUCCCCGACCACAUGCAGGCGUCCGUGGAUCUCGUGCAGCAGGCCAGGACCAGGGCGUGGGUGCGUUCCGAUUCGGCCCGUGAGCUGCCUCGGCUGUGUGGAGGGCCUGAGGGUGCUGGACCAGUGGCUUACAGAGGUACAGAACGAAAACAAGGGACAGGAUUUGACCGUUGAAAACAAACACAGGUGAGCUCGUUGAGAAUGGAAAAGAUAUGAGUCAAAUGAUGAAUGACUAUUUCCUCUCAGUUUUCACGCAGGAAGAUCUAACAACCAUUCCAGAGAGAGUUCAGGUUUAUGAG